CUGCUGUGAUCUGAGAUGUGUGUUUGCUGCUGCUUCUGAUGAUGAUGAUGAAGGUGUGUUGUGUGUCUGAGAGUGUGAUUGUCUGAGUGAUUGAUGGCUGUAGCGGAUGCAGGAUGCGCAGGAGCAGCGCUUACAUCCCAGUGUCCACUGCUGCCGCUCUGCUGGUCACUUCAUCCACGCUGUUCUUCGUCUUCACGUGUCCGUGGCUCAUGGUAAACGUGUCUCCUGCUCUUCCGCCAUGCGUCGGGAUCGUCUUCCUCUUCGUUAUGGCCAACUUCAUCAUGGCGAUGUUCAUGGAUGCCGGCGUGUUCCCGAGGGCGAAUGAGGACGAGGACAAGGACGAGGACUUCCGUGCGCCGCUCUACAAGAACGUGGAGGUGCGCGGCGUGCAGGUGCGCAUGAAGUGGUGCGCUUCCUGUCACUUCUACCGUCCGCCGCGCUGCUCGCACUGCAGCGUGUGUGAUCACUGCGUGGAGGAUUUUGACCAUCACUGUCCCUGGGUGAACAACUGCAUCGGGAGACGCAACUAUCGCUUCUUCUUCCUCUUCCUCCUGACUCUGAGUCUUCACAUGGUGGGCGUGUUUUCCGGCAGUCUCCUGUACGUCCUCGAUCAUCUGGAGAACCUGUGGGAACUGCACGCCGCGGUCACGCUGGCGGUCAUGAGCGUUUCGGCUCUGUUCUUCAUUCCCGUCUUGGGUCUGUCCUGUUUUCACCUGGUGCUGGUGGCGAGAGGACGCACCACAAACGAACAGGUGACGGGGAAGUUUCAGGGAGGAGUGAAUCCGUUCACACGCGGCUGCUGUCAGAACGUGCAGUUUGUGCUCUUCAGUCCCAUCACGCCGAGAUACACUGAGAAACUCAGUGACAGAUUGCCGCUUCACAUUCAGCCUCCUUUCCAUCACCCAGAAUCCCACAAACUGAGCCCUGUGAAGAGCACCGACAGCGUCCCGAGUCAAACACUCCCGGUCAAGUCUCUAGAGGAACUAGAUUCUCCAGACAGCAAACGUCGGACCAGUCCACCUCCGCUGCCCCCUAAACCAGAUCCAGUCCUGCUCAAAAACCAUUUGGCAGCGCUGGAAGAGAGUUUGCUCCAGUCCAGAGCUCUAAUGCCUUCAGGACACAAUAUGAAUCCACUUCAGACUUCAGAGUCGCCAAACAAAGUGCUCUACCAAGUUCCCAGAGAUCAGAUGGGGUCGAGGAUUUCUCCGCUGGUUCCUCAGGAACACGCGUCUGAACCCAGUCUGCUCCAGUCUGAGAAUCACAUAAACACCCUGACUCUGAACUCACGCUCGCUCAGUCUCAAACACUCCAGCCGCCGCGGAUCCCAGCGCGCCGAAAUCCCACACGCGUCCCAAAACGUCCUCAGCGGCCGAACGGGGAGCCUGUCCUACGACAGCCUGCUGCGUCCCAUCGGCGUCCAGGCGCCGUUUUUACCCAUGGAUCCGUCUCUGUCCCGCGGCUCCGUUGACAUGCAACGGCUUCCGGUGCGCAACUGCAGCCCGGUGUUCAUGCACAUCAGUCGCGAGCCGUCGCCCGUCCGCUACGACAGCCUCCCAAAACCGCUCAUGAGCUCCAUCCAGGAGCGCCGUGAGCCCGACGACAGGGACAAACCUGCGCAGGCGUCUCUCGGGCCGCACGCCGGCAUCUACGACACUCCCAGCAGACGCAGCCUGCCGCUGGACUUCCGCGGACCGGCGUCUCGCGGCCCGACUCCUCCGGCGUACGGCUCGCGGGAGUUCCUCCUGAGCAGCGCGGCGUACGGCUACGGGAGUCGCUCGCAUCUGUCUUCCUCCUCGUCUUCGUCGCUCACCCGCGCGCCUCGGACCGCCAGCUCGCCGCUGCACUUUAACCGCUCUCUAUCGCCCUCUAUCUAUCAGUCUCUGGAUCGACAGUCGCAGCUCCCUCCAUCCACAUUCCCCGCUGCUCCUCCCACCUCCUCCUACGGGCCGCAGAAAGCACUGGCUUACAUCAGAGGAGGAGAAAGACCCGAACCAGAACUAUGAGUCCUGACGAGAAAACCUGGAAAUUAUAGGGAAAUUUAAAGGGAUAGUUCACCUAAAAAUAAAAGAUAACCAAACAGUCCCCAUUGACUUCCAUAGUAGGGAAAAAAUGUUACGGAAGUGAAUGGCUACCAGCAACUGUUUGGUUAUGAACAUUCUUCAAAAUAUCUUUCGUGUUCAACAGAAGAAAGAAACCCAACAACCUGAGGGAGAAUAAAUGAUGACAGUUUUGAUUUUGGGGUCAGCUAUCGCUUUAACAGUGAUGAUCCGGUCAGGAAAAUUUCAAUUGGUCUACAGAUUUCUUGGUUAAAACGUGUUGGAAACUCUGUAGAGGUGCCGAUAUCCCAUCAGGAUUCUUACAGUGAACUAAAACCAACAACAACAACAAAAAUUGUUACUUUAAAUAAAAUAAAAUAAAAAAAUAAUUACUUAUUUCAGCUAUUUUUAAGGCAUAAUUUCUCUUUUUCAUUUAAUAAUUCAAAUUAAUAAAAAUGACAGACACUUAAAAACAACAAAAAUGCAAAAUAUAAAAUAUAUAAAAUAUAAAAAUAAAAUUUAAUUACAAAAAAAAAACAUAUCUGUGAUACUAAAAUAACUGUAUCCCAUAUUUUUUUUAAAAUGUAUUUACAGGAAUAUAUUGCAGUCAGAUAUUAUAUCUACGAGCCAGAAAAAUGGGAUUUAAAACUCUUUUAAUAAUAAAUUUUAAUAACUCAAGAAUAGAUUUUGCCAAGACAGUAGCCAAAGUGGCAUAGCAUUAAUAAAGAAGCAAAUCUAUAAGCAAGAAAUUAUUUUACUACACUAAAAGACAGGAAAAACAUCAUUCUGUGCUUUA